CUUCCGAAAGUAGAAGCAGCCUGGGGUGUGUGUGCAGAGGCGGGCAGGAUUCUUUGUAGCCCUCACCAAGGCCAGGUCUCCUGCAGCUCUAUCUCCCUGGAUCUAGCCCCAGCCAGCAUUGGCUGGAUGCUCUCAAGGUCAGUGAGAGAGGCUGUGAGUUUCCUCAUGACAGUCCAGUUGAGGGAGGUCCGGGCUGGUACAGCAACCACUCUGAGGAGAGCCUGAUCUGCAGGGAGUGGACGGACAGGAGGAGCUUGCCAAGGCCCCAAAUAAGGCUCUGAGUCACACUGGCCUUUGUUCCUUGCUUGCUCUCACCCUCGGCUGAGGGGCUAUAAGGGAGCCUUUCAACAGCUCAGGACACUGGCAACAUUACCUGUGUGGACCUCUUAAGAAAUGCAUCCUGGUGUGUGCAAGGAGGACAGAGGACAGACCUGGACUUCUUGCUCAUGCACAUGUAGUUCACGGCUUGACCAUGGUGGUCACCCAGCUGAAUCUGGAGUUUCGCUUCCAGGGCAAGAAGCUGCAAGGCUUCAGCUGUGAGCUCACCCGCUUCCCACAUGGGGUCUGGCCUGAGACUGUCUUCACUAUCAUUUGCCAGAUCGUGGUGCCCAUUCUUCUCUCGGGCGUGGGCAUAUUGACAGCUGGCCUGGUGAUGAACAUCAUCCAGCACUGGCCGGUAUUUGUGGAGGUUAAAGAUCUAUUGACAUUGGUGCCGCCCCUGGUGGGCCUGAAGGGGAACCUGGAAAUGACGCUGGCAUCACGUCUCUCCACAGCUGCCAACACUGGACAAAUUGAUGACCCCCAAGAGCAGCACAGAGUUAUCAGCAGUAACCUCGCCCUCAUUCAGGUGCAGGCUACUGUCGUGGGUCUCCUGGCUGCUGUGGCUGCCCUGCUGCUAGGCGCUGUAUCUAAGGAGGAGUUAGACUUUGCAAAGGUGGAGUUGCUGUGUGCCAGCAGCAUCAUCACUGCCUUCCUUGCUGCCUUUGCUCUAGGAAUGCUGAUGGUCUGUAUAGUGAUUGGUGCUCGGAAACUCGGGCUCAACCCAGACAACAUUGCCACACCUAUUGCUGCCAGCCUGGGAGAUCUCAUCACAUUGUCCAUUCUGGCUUUUGUCAGCAGCUUCUUCUAUAAACACAAAGACAAUCGAUAUCUGACACCACUGGUGUGUAUUGGCUUCAUGGCCCUGAUCCCUGUGUGGGUCCUCGUUGCCAGGCAGAGCCCACCCAUCAUGAAGAUCCUGAAAUUCGGGUGGUUCCCAAUCAUCCUAGCGAUGGUCAUUAGCAGUUUCGGAGGGCUCAUCUUGAACAAAACUGUUUCUAAACAGCAGUACCAAGGCAUGGCCAUAUUUACUCCUAUCAUAUGUGGUGUUGGUGGCAAUUUGGUGGCCAUUCAGACCAGCCGGAUCUCCACCUACCUGCACAUGUGGAGCAUGCCUGGUGUCCUCCCCCUGUGGAUGAAACAGUUCUGGCCUAACCCAUGCUCCACUUUCUGCACCUCAGAAGUUAAUUCCAUAUCAGCCCGAGUCCUGCUCUUUCUGGUGAUUCCAGGUCAUCUGAUUUUCUUCUACAUCAUCUACUUGGUGGAAGGCCAUUUGGUUCCAAACAGUAAGAUCUUUGUGGUGUUCUAUCUGCUAGCAAGCCUGAUCCAGGUGACAAUUCUGCUGUACCUAGCAGAAGUGAUGGUUCGGCUGAUGUGGCACCAGGCCCUGGAUCCAGACAACCACUGCAUCCCCUAUCUCACAGGGUUGGGGGACCUCCUAGGGACUGGCCUUCUGACACUCUGCUUUCUUAUCAACUGGUUAUUGAGAAGUGAAGCAGAGCUGGAUGGUUUCUCAGAACCAGCAUCUGGACCUCCAUAAUGAGCCCAGGCAGCCUCAGUUGCUCAGUAGAACUUUCCUUCACACAAGCAGGGUACAGCAUACAGUUUCUCCCUGCCUGGGUCUUCUGGAAGACAGUUGACACCUUCUGGAAGAUGGUUGACACUCUGACUCUGCUGUGGCCCUUUGUCAGUCUGCAAAGGACAGUAACACACAUCUUUACUCUGGAGUUGGAACCUGAGCCUAUAAAGGUGAGGGAGGAGUGAAAUCAGAAGCAUUGUUAGUAUAUGAAUAUGACUACAUGUUCCUGGACAUAAGUGUGCACCCAUGUGCUUGAUGAGUGCAAAUGAGUGCAGAGGUGUGUGUAGAGAGCAGGGGACUCUGGCCUGAAGAUGCUGAAAGAAGAGACAUGUCCAGUACACAUGGGAGAUAUGCUGGCACUGUUCUGUGCCCAUGCAACCUGGUUUGUGGAGAAGCCGGAAUGAGAUGCCUGCUCUGCCCAAGCCCCAGGACUGAGCUGUGGCUUAAGUUCAGUCUUCACCAUGUCCAAGCGUUGUGGGCCAUUCUGCUGGUGUGCCUGCAAAUGCAGUCCUUCCCAGGACAGUGCUUUCUUGUACAUCCUUCAUCUGCAACCAGUAUUUAAUCCUGUUGGUAUUUUUUUCUCUUCUUCUUCUUUUUAUGUUUAUGUGAGACUUCUGUUUAGAGUUUAAUGAUUAGGGAAGUAUAAAAUAAAACAUACAGUAUAUUAUA